CUGUAGCUAGCCAAAUGCAUCGCAUGGAUCUGUAAUUUGGAAAGGUAUACAGUGUCAUCUGCGGUAAGCUUUUUCUCCUUGAUUUAUCUUUUGUUUUCAGACGAUAACACCAGAGAUACACACUUGAAACAACAGCGCAAAAUCCUAAUAUGAACUGCCAGGCCAUUUUGUUGAUCGCCAAAUAUUCCUGAUAUGACUGACCACAGUCCGAGUGGUCAGGAUGUGGACGUUGUGGUGGUGGGAGGUGGCCUUUCUGGACUGACUGCGGCUUAUCAGAUACACCGAAAAGACCCCAGCCUUAGGGUUGUAGUUUUGGAAGCCAAAGAUCGGGUCGGAGGAAGAACACUCACAGUUGAACUUGACAAUGGUAAUGGUACAGAUACAUGGGAUCUAGGAGGACAAUGGGUUGGCAGGUGUCAACCCCACAUAACCAAGCUGUUGGCUGAGUUAGGCCUGGACACCUACCCACAGUACAUACAAGGAAGGAAGUUCAUGCAGUUAGGAGGAGAUGUUGUGACCAGCUACACCUCUGACAUACCAUCCCUGUCAGGCCUGGCUCUCAUUGAUCUACAACGUACGAUAAAUCGGGUAGAGAGGCUGAGUAAGAUGGUGGAUGCCAGAGACCCAUACAAUUGUCAAUGUUCUAAGUUUGACGCCGAGUUGGAUGGUAUGUCACUGGACAGCUUUAUGAGGAAGCACAUGUGGACGAAGAGUGCUAAGGAAUGCAUUGAUGCUGCCAACCGGACGAUAUUGGGAGUGGAGGCAUCUCAGGUCUCUGUACUUUUCUAUCUCAUGUAUGUGUCUGCAGCAGGGGGCAUCCGUCCCUUGGUUGAGGCAUCAGAAAACACUGGACAGGAGUCAAAAAUAAUAGAUGACAAUAGUGUUCAUGUCACGUGUAAAAAUGGAGUGUGUGUUACUGCAAAGCGGGUUGUCAUAGCAACACCACCACAACUUACAGGAAAAAUAAUAUUCAGUCCUCCACUGCCGACGGAAAAGCAGCAGAUGAUGAAAAGAAUGCCAAUGGGUGACAUAAUCAAAGUUAUCAUAACAUACCGAGAGGUAUUCUGGAGAUCAGCUGGUCAGUCUGGGGAGGUAGUGACUGAUGGUGGCCCAACACAUGUGUCGGGGUGUGAACGAGGCCCCCUGUGUGUUGUGUAUGAUAAUACCUCCUACAGGGGGAGUCCAGCUCUCCUCGCCUUCAUAGGGGGCAAGGCAGCCAUCCAGUGGCGCAACCAACAGGCCUUGGAGAGAAAGUCUGCUGUAUUGAAAUCCCUGUCUGAAUUUUUUGGCCACAAAGUGUGGUCAUAUGUGGACUAUAUAGAGAAGGACUGGGGACAGGAACCCUACAGUGAAGGGGCACCCACCAGCUCAGCCGCACCUGGAACCAUGGCUUAUCUUGUCAAAGGGCUCCGACAUCCGUACAUGAAACUUCACUUUGCUGGGACAGAAUCAGCCACAGUGUGGUGUGGAUUUAUGAAUGGUGCUGUACAGGCAGGUCUUCGGGCAGCUAACGAGGUCCUGUACCACCUUCGUCCACAGAUUGUGUCAGCCGCGGAACUUCUGGACACUGUGUACGGCCCCAGCACACAAAAUCGUCCAGCCUCGAUGAGCAGGCGACCUAAUAAGGCAUUCAAAUGGACUGUUGGACUUGUAUUCAUAGUUGGAGGUGCUUUGUAUCUUAGAAGAAAAUUAAGAUGAUUUUUUUUGUCCUGUAGAUAUUCUCAUGACAAAAGAACUUUAAGACUGCUUCUCAAAUUCCAUUAGUCGGAGGGUCAUGACAUUUGGUCAUUAGAUACUUACAACAACUUCCCACCACCAAAAUUUGGCACAAGGUCUAGAUCUGCUCCUGCCUCUUUGUACUAGCUCCUAAGCCAUUACAAGGAAACAGAUUCCAACCCUAUAACCAUAUACAAAUUCUUGGCAUGAAGAAAUAAACACAAUCAUGCUAUCCUGAUUAGUCCCUUGAUCAGCCUCACCACUGGUGACUUUGAAAUCCCUGCAUUAUAACAUGGAAAUGUUGAAAUUCCAUCUGUACAAUUAUUAGCCAUGAAGGGAUAAACACAAUCAAACUAACCGGAUUAGCUUCUGGGUCCACCUUGGUUCCUGGUGACUUAGUUUGUGGGUCUUAAUAUGGAAACAGUUGGGAUUCCCACCCUGUAGCCAUAUAAAUAUCACUGCUAGACAGGAAAAAAAGAAUGAACUCAUGUUAUCAGGAUAAGCAAAAUAUUCUUGCCCCAACUUCUGUGUAGUUAGGUCUAGAAUCAUAAUCCAGGCAGUAUAACCAUAUACCUGUACAUAUAAAUCUAAUCCAAAUCUGCUUUUAAAAAAAAACCACUUGGUCCUUGGGUCAUAGAAAUACAUUUUCAUCUAAAGGACGAUUAUAACUGAACUCUCUAGGUGGUUGAUGAACAAUGCCCAAAAGGAGACAAUAGGGUGUUAAAUCUUAAAAGCUUACUCCUUUUGACCAGUUGAUUAUAUUUUUACUAAAUUUGCUGUGAAGUAUCCUUUGGACAGGCAAAUGGAAUGUUUUAUAAGAAAGGGGUUGUCCUAGGUACUGAGAGGCAGACCCAAAAUGGGAUAAAAUUGUAAUGUUACUAUAAAUAAAUACAUUUUGCCAUGACUGAUUGAAAAUACAGGAGAGUGAUACAUGCCUUUGUAUAAAAUACUUUGAAUUCAAACUUAUAUAUAUUAGAUUAACAAUGUGUGAAAUUAUGAUAUGGAUGACGUUGGUUUACCGAUUGGAAUGAUUACAUUUAUCAUUUAGGCUUUGCUAUCCUUGUUUGUCUGUCGUCGUACGUUAAGCAGAGAAUUGUUUGUUCCUUCUGAAGAACCAUUGAAGGGAUUUACUUGGUUAAGCUAUUCUUUAUCAUGUCCUGUCCAUGUUUUGUCUUUUAAAUGUCAAUCUGAAAAUCCUAGAUGGCUAUCCUGUGAUGGGGGGCGAGACAUUUUAUAUUUGUUAUCUAGAAUGGCUGCAGUGACUGACUACUGAUUUGUUACUUUCUGUUCCCUAUAUGCAGCAGUUCUGACCAACUGUUGUUACUUUCGGUUCCCUAUAUGCAGCAGUUCUGACCAAUUGUUGUUACUUUCUGUUCCCUAUAUGCAGCAGUUCUGACCAAUUGUUGUUACUUUCUGUUCCCUAUAUGCAGCAGUUCUGCCCAACUGUUGUUACUUUCUGUUCCCUAGAGGCAGCAGUUCUGACCAACUGUUGUUACUUUCGGUUCCCUAUAUGCAGCAGUUCUGACCAACUGUUGUUACUUUCUGUUCCUUAUAUGCAGCAGUUCUGACCAACUGUUGUUACUUUCUGUUCCCAUUUGAUUUGCUGAUAUAUUUUUGACUUUCCAAGAGCGGCUGUGUCCAUUGGCACCAACAUUGGCACACAGGUUCCUUACGGUCCCUGCUGUGUUUUUUUAUUUUUCUGUGAUGAUGCAUGAAUCAGAUAUCGAAAUCUUGGCUGCUGAUUGAGUGAACCUUUUCUACAUCUGCUCCUUUUCUCUGAUUUUUAGUGACCUAUUGCUAUCUGUUUUCGUCCGUCGUCGUCCGUCGUCCGUCGUCCGUUAACAUUUUACAUUUCAAAC